AUGAUGGCAUAUGCUUCACUGAGAUAUUCUUUGCUUUCAGAAGCGGAACAAACACGCCAACCAGUGAAUCUUCUCGAGUGGUUGGGUACACGGGUUUUGGCACGAGUCUCGGGCGAUGCUUAUCAACCUGGUUCAAUCAAGAAUGUUCAUGACAACAGGGACGUCGUUGUACAGGUUGGAAUGAUGGAAGUAAAGUCGCUCGAAAUCUAA